AUGUGUCGGGCUCGCCGCGCGUUUGGCCACACCAAUCAUAAGAAUCUUGGUGCCUUGCAAUCGACAUUUCUGUACAGUCUUUACGUAUAUGCACCCAACAAAGUUGCACCAGCGAUCUUCGCAGUGCUGUUUGGGAUCUCAGCGGCCGGCCAUAUCUGGCAAUGCAUUCACUACAUUGCAUGGAGAAUGAUCGGACUACAACCCUUAUGUGCUGUAUUUUACACUGUCGGUUACGCACUUCGAGAAUACGGCGCUUUCAACUAUCUAUACUCUCCUUCGAACCUUUAUUGUCAUCCAUUGCUUGAGUUAGCCAAUUACCACGUCCUCGGACGAGUGCUUUACUGUGUUCCAUACUGCGCACCGUUUCCGCCCCAUCGUAUCAUGUCGCUAUUCGGUGCCCUUGUCAUCGUAGUCGAAGCUCUCAAUGGCUUAGGAGUCGCAUUUACCUCCAAUCCUUCAUCGCCGCCAAGCACCCAAAAACUAGGAGGUCAAUUAACCAAAGCAUCAACCGCCUUCCAACUUGCCGUCAUUACAGUUUGCUUCCUUCUCGCCAGCUUAUUCUACCGCAAGUGUGUCAACUCCAACAUCCACAGCAGGAACGUCAAAACACCCCUUGCUGUUCUCUGCUUGAGUAUGUUUUUGAUCCUUGUUCGCUGCAUAUACCGCUUCAUCGAACACGUUGGGAACGUCAGACUUGCUAUUGAAGACCUUCGGUCGAUGAAACGAUUGACACCACUUCUUCGCUAUGAAAGGAAUUUUUGGCAUCCGGGGAGGUAUUUGCCUCGACGCCAUAAUGUUUGCCUCUCGCCAGAGGGGUCAGAAGUAACAGUGCAUGAGGGGAUGGAUGGUAGACCAUUGCUAGUUAGGGCAGGCUCGGUAUUGACGUUUGGGAUUUUGUUUCGUCAGAAGAUGACGGCGAGACAGCAGAGUUUUGCGCUUGAUAGUAGCAACAACCAUGAUGCUAGAUAA